ACUUACACACAUCCAACACAUACGUACACAUAUACAUACAUAACUCACAUUCCAGAUCAUUUUCGCAAUGAUACGUAUUUACGCCGAUACCUACGUACCGAAAUACCAUAGUGGCAAAUGGUCCUGGGAUGCUAAAUCGGAUAAAUUGCACUUUGAGCCACACAACGAUUUAGAAGACGCAAGAGAGCGAUACAUUGAGACAAAUGGAUACAAGUUUCUUCGUUCUAUCAAUCAGGAGGAGGAGAUGAUCUUUCGUCAACAGUUUGUUCGCUCCGAAGCCACAUUCGAUACGGACACGGUGGUGAUCAACGAUGUGCGGGAUCUGGUAUUAUAUCUAAUGCCAAAAGAGUUUCUUACCAUGAAGUUUCUUGAAUUUAUGCACAAGCCAGCUGUUCAUAGAUUGCUGCAUGCCCUUAUCAUCUACUUCGAAUACUUUCUCCGUUUGGUAGAGUUUGUGCUCAUUCGACGGGAUGAGCUGGCAGGGGACAUGGCCCAGAUACAGAGUGAGCAGACGAAUGAAAUGAAGCGGAUCUUCUCCAUAUAUUUAAGUCAGUAUCGCAUGCUUGUUGCCAGAAACUACAGUGUAAUCCUCAAGGGCGAAGGGGACAUGGCUCAGUUUUACCACAUGAAGGAGAUUGUCAACAUUUCGGCUACGAUCAAGGAUAAAUACUUUCACGAACAGUUUCUAGCCGUCGCCAUACAGAUCGUAUGGAUCACCAUGCAUCGACGUGCCUACAACGUUAUCGAGAUGGAAAUGAAUCGACUCUUUCGCUCCGAACACUUUGUAAUGAAUCGACCGGAGUAUCUGAAGUUUACACCUGCAGAACGGAGUUUGCUUUAUGGACGGAAUAAUAAGAUUGUUAAUUAUCGCAGUCAGGCUUCACCAUUGAUACAUGAGCUGAAGCAUAUUAACGACGAGGAUCUGCCCAUCUUAUGGAUAGGUGAGCGAAAGUAUCGUGGAACGGACACACGUAUUGUCCAGAUGGAACUGGAGUAUAUUGUGCCGGGACCGCAGCUGUUCAUGAUCGAUGUGGCUCACGGCGUGCUGGGACAUCCAAAGAUAUUGUACGACACCAUGUUGAAUCUUGAUUGGCCGGCGGUACGCUACGCCAAUUAUUCCGUGGAGCAUGAUCCCUACCAUAUUGUGAGGCAGCCCCAUUUGAGAAUACCCAAUAUUGACGAAAUGAAGUUGCGCCGUAUGUCCAAGCAGUACGAUCAAUUCUUCAAAGUUUUCCGCAUCUACGAACCGGUUACCCGCCAAAUGCUUUACAAAUGGUGCCGUCGGGAUAAAGUCAUCAACUUCUAUCGCAGUGGUGGCGUUCUGGAUGAUAUUUAUGUGCGGUGUAACAAGGAUCUGGCCAGCCACAAAUAUGGUCCCACUGUUGCCCAGAUUAUUCAGAAAUACUUCAAGCUGGUUAGCAGGCUCCGUAAGAAGGCCAACGUUGGUAAUGUCAAUGAGGAUACUAUAUCCAGUAAGAGUCUUGUGCUUGCCGGACAACAACGCAAAAAGGUGCCAGCCCAAAGCGAUGAUCGUUAUUUCGAGGAAUAAAGUUGAAGGCAAUUUAAGAGUAUCAUUGUAUUAAGUUCUACUUCCAUCUGAAAACAAAACAACACAAAUAAACGAACAUAAAUAAAAUCAAAA